CGUGUCGGCCAAAGUGGCCAAGUUGGUGUAGCCCGUUGGUGAAGCCAAAGUGUUUCUCUUGUGGUCGUGGGCCACGGGGUGGUGCCCAAAAAAAAAAAAUAAAUACCAGUGAAUAAAUCCCAUAAUGUCCUAACACGAACAAUCCAAACCCACCAAUCGUGUAAAUUAAUCGUCUAACAGAUCCACCAAAAAGUAUUUUCAGUGGAUUAAUGAGGGAGACAUAAAAACAUCUCUAUCUUUUGGCCCCCCCUCUACCAUCAGUUGUCGUUCAAGUUGGCUACCGUUUGGUGUCGCAAGGAUAACCGAGGGAAGGUGGACGAUUGGUUUUUCACUGCCAAACUGGCAAUGUGAAAAUAAUACUAUUGUUUUCAUCGCUUUAUUAAUCCCCGGGUUCAAUGCACCGUGGAAACGAGUUUUAUCCCGUUGAUUCCUGCAUCGUUGGAUAAAACUCCUGGAGGGGUUUCUUUUUUUUUUAAUUCACUCUGGAGGUAUUGUCGACGUCUGUACGCAGUUGCAGAGAAGAAAUAAGUGGUAAAAGUGGUGGAGCAAAAGGAGAUACUGUUGUGGGGAGAAGUUGCGUCGAGGGAUUGAGGGAAAAUAAAAGUGAUUUACUGGACCUGGCGAUGAUCCAUAAUGGUUGUAUGGGGGUACACCCUGGCCGAAGACGGGUCCACAGUCGGGGAUACUCUGGACAGUGACUGAGGUUCGUGUUUGCUCCUUCAUUGAGCUUCUCAACCGGCCGGGUUGAUAAUAUAAACCGGUUGUAUAUUUUUUAAACGUUUUGUAUGAAUUUUUUUUUUCGGUUCAAUUCACUCAAUUCCUCUCUAGUUUCAUUUCCCGUCCACUUUUUUUUAUUUUUAUUACUCUCCAUGUCAAUAAUUCAUUCCUGUUCUCCCUGAGGCAAGUGUUAUGAGGGCGAGCGCCCCAUUCUGACAUACAACCUGAGCUGGUAACCAUUGACAAUUACCUCGUACAUUAUUUGUCUCAUUGUUGAGGUGGAAAAGUUAAAACAACGAGGAAUUGAAGUUGUGGGGGUUGAUGGGGUUUACUUUGUCUCUUUUGGGUUGUGCCUUGUGAGUGCUGGAACAUGAUAGAGUGCUGGUGAAGGAUUAAUUUAAUCUGUGCCUAUUACUGAAUCGGGAGUGCCGUUUUACGUUGGGAAAUUCCACUGAGAACAGGGUAGACAGGUGAUUGCUCCAGUGAGUUUUCACCCUUUGACCCUGAAACCAAAUAAUUGCCAACAAAAUGGGGAUCACAUACCCAAUGUACAGCAGCUACUGCCACUACUGACAGAUUUUUAAGUUAGGGAGGUACAGGUGUUGUAAUAGAAUUGUAAUAGUGUUGGUUCUGGUUCUCGAUAAAAAGGUGGACCAGGAGGGCAUUAUUUUGCCAAUUAAAAUGCAGAAACGCGACGGUAGGGAGACACGAGGUGACAAGGAUAUGAGCAGAGGUGGUGACAGAGAACGUGAACAGGAAGCUGCCAAGAGAGCAUCCAGGGGAAGUGGUAAUGCAACUAGAUCCAAUAUGCAUACGUCCAGGCAUAGUGUCACCUCCACCUCGGGUAUCCUCAUGGUUGGACCCAACUUUAGAGUUGGAAAGAAAAUUGGCUGUGGUAACUUCGGAGAACUUCGACUCGGGAAGAAUCUCUACAAUAAUGAGCACGUGGCAAUUAAAAUGGAACCAAUGAAGUCAAAGGCGCCACAGCUCCACUUAGAGUAUAGGUUUUAUAAAUUAUUAGGUACCCAUGUCCAUAACACGCAUAUAGAAGGUGUACCGGAGGUGUACUACUUUGGCCCAUGCGGAAAAUAUAAUGCCCUGGUAAUGGAGCUCCUUGGACCCAGUCUUGAAGACCUAUUUGACCUGUGUGGGAGAAAAUUCACCCUUAAAACCGUUCUCAACAUAGCAACCCAACUCCUCCAUAGGAUAGAAUACGUACACAGCCGGCAUCUGAUUUAUCGCGAUGUCAAGCCCGAGAAUUUUCUCAUCGGACGGAAUACGACAAAGAGGGAGAAGAUUAUUCAUAUCAUCGAUUUCGGAUUGGCCAAAGAAUACAUAGACUUGGAAACUAAUAAACAUAUACCGUACCGGGAACACAAGAGUCUCACUGGAACAGCGCGUUAUAUGAGUAUUAAUACUCAUCUGGGGAAAGAGCAAAGUAGGCGAGACGAUCUUGAGGCACUUGGACACAUGUUCAUGUACUUUCUUCGAGGUAGCUUACCCUGGCAGGGUCUCAAAGCCGAUACGCUCAAAGAACGUUACCAAAAAAUUGGUGAUACAAAGCGUGCAACACCAAUCGAGGUACUGUGCGACGGUCAUCCCGAGGAAAUGGCCACAUACUUACGCUACGUGAGAAGAUUGGAUUUUUUUGAGACACCUGACUACGAGUACCUGAGAAAACUCUUCCAGGAUCUUUACGAGAGAAGGGGCUUUGUCAAUGACGGCGAAUUCGAUUGGACGGGUAAAACCAUGUCGACUCCUGUUGGAUCCAUGCAGACAGGACACGAGAUCGUCAUGUCGCCGAAUCGAGAUCGACAUCCUGGUGCAUACAAGGAAGUGGCAGGUGGUGGGGUGGGAGGCGGGGGCGGUAAGGGGGUGGGAGCAAGUUGGCCAGAGACUGUGAAGCAAUCGGGUGCUGGUGGUACUUUGACGCCUGCCGACAGACAUGGCUCCGUUCAGGUGGUGUCUUCGACGAACGGAGAAUUGGCAAACGACGAUCCAACCGCAGGACACUCAAACACACCAAUAACCGCACCACAAGAAGUCGAGAUGAUCGAUGAAACCAAUGUUUGCUUCAUUUCCAGAUGCUGCUGCUUUUUCAAACGAAAGAAGAAAAAAAGUGGAAGGCAGAAAUGACUGUCUUUUACUGUUGGUCUUGGCGACACGGUACAGUGUGCGGGUAAUAGUGCUGGUGGAAAUGGAGGUAGAAAUGUUGGAGUUGCUAGGCAUAGUAAACGGGACAAUGGAGAUGCCGAUGGAGCUGGUGAUCGAGAACGAGAAGUGAUUAAACUACUCGGUGACUUCAGUCGAUCAGCCUCCAGAGACUCGGUACUCCAGACAACUGUCACGGCAACACCAACAACUACGUCACCACCGUUGUCCAAUUGAUGUAACUCAAGUGUUUUUUUUUAUAACUAUUAACAGCUGAUGAACAAAACGAAGGGAGAGAAUAAGCAUAACUGCACCACCAACCACACCCAUUAAUAUUACCACUACAGCUGUUAUUCUAUUGGUAUGAUUAUUGAUUAUCAUUAUUAUUAGGUCAUUAUCAUCGGAGUCUGUCAAUGUCGUGUACAUGCAACGUGCAACAUCGCAUUGACCGAGAGAGUGAAAGAGUGAACUAUAUUUUGUGGUGAAAGAAGUUAAUGGGCAGUAAGAAACGCCGGAAUUACGUGAACAAUUUAGAUAGAAUUGAGCUGUUUUGAAAUCUCGAACUUUCGCAUUUUCAGUUUAUUCAUCCCUAUUCGUCCAUUUGUUUUUAAUGUGGACAAUAAAAGGUCACAGCUGUGCGAGUGUUUUUUUUUUCUUCGUUUGAUUAGAAGCUCAUUGAUUUCGUAUGAUUGCUUUGUUCAUUGCCAAUUAAUAUAAUUGAUGAUGUCUUCGUACUGAAAUUACACCAUUUUGGAUAUUCCCUGGGGGUUUUAAGUGGUUCUUUAAUAAUUGUAUAUAUGUUUGGCACUGAAGGAAGUUUUUAAGCUUAUUACCUCUCGAUAUGUAAAUCGUGAGAAUACCUGGAGCAAGCAGUAGUUGACAAUAUACUUGCUAGGUAGAAUCAGACGAAAAUUUAUGAAGCACUCAUUAAAUUUCUAGCUCAGCGAUCUUAUUAACGAAGAACUUAUUAGAAUUGUAAUAUCCGCCGUGGGUGCCCUAUCCAAUUGUACACAGCAAUCGCAUUGACCUAAAGACAACCUAUGACAGAACGUUUUUAUGUACUUAUAGUUGCUAUUCCGAAAUAACUUGGGUAAAUAAAUUAUGGAAAUAAAAUGUAUUUUUUCGUGGUUAUAUGCUUGAUGCUGGAGUCUGUCGUGGGAUGUCUUGUUAUCAUUGUACAGCCAUGAACAGCUGAUUUUAAUGAAAAUAUGGGAGAUAUAGUUGAUGAUACAAUUUAAUAUGAAUUAUCUUACUGUCUGCGCCCUAGGAUCCGAUGAUGCCAAUUUGACGUUCCGUUUAUUCCGAAUCGAUGAUGAAUACAUUUAUCUACGAUCAUCUGAAUUUAUUGCUCUAACAAUUGAAAAUAUUGAAUGAUUCUGUUCAUUCGCGACACCGAGUGAAAUUUUUGAUUAUCGCAAUCCACUCCUUGAAUGUGUAGAAAUAAAAUGCAAUGAUGUAUUUAUUUUUUGCAGAGCAUUUUUUUUGUGAUGAGCAAUAAUUUCACUCGUUAAUUCGCGAAGACAAAGAGUGAUGAGGGAAUUGUUAUGUGAUUGGAAGAGCUAUAAAUUAAUUCUUCCUGAUGGAAAAACAAUUAUCGCCCAGGAAUGAUCUCUGAUCGGGGUACAGGUGUUUCCACCUAAAAUUCACAGCUCCAAUUUGCGUAGGCAAUCGUGUGGAGCGAAUGGGGGUGUUGAACAUCAUACAAUUGCGCAAUUGCAAGUUAUCAAUGAACAAAUCACUGGUAUUUUCGUUCUCGUAAUUGAUGGCGUAUGACAACAAUGAAUAUGAUGAAACAACAAGGCAACUUUUAUAAUUUGUUUAUCUAGAUAAGGUAGUAAUAUGGAUUAAUGAUUUUCAAUUGUUUUUCAACAUUGAAACACGACUGACUGCUGGCUAGGUACGGUUGUGAUUAUCAUUUGUCAUUUGGGGUGUUGUAUUUUUUCCGGGGAAUUAUUUCGUUACUUCAUCAGCUUAAACUGCGCAAUUAUUUUUCUAAGAAGUAUAACGAGUCAUUCGAGAGAUUGAAUGAUUGAUUAUCAGCCAGAGUAUUCUAGUAUUCAUCAAGCACAUCGCCAUUCAUCAGCUGUUUUAAUAGGAUUAUCUUUUUUUUUUUGUAGUUCCUCUUUCACUUUGUCAGUAGGAGUCCGCGCAUUUUUAAAAUAUACUGUUUUUUGGGCCCAGCUUAUGGAAUAAUAAAUCCGUGUACAUGCCUUUCUAUAAAAUUCAUCAUCCCAUUCUGCACUUUCUAUUGGUGCAGGAGAUUAUCGAUAAGUCGGUUGAUUCGAUUUUCCCAAUGACAAAAACUCAUACAGAUGGGGAUAAUUGAUGCGUGAUUAAGACCAAGUAAUGAAACUUGAGCUUGUUUUAAUUAUAACGAAAAUAUUUCUAUGAUUUUUUACCUAAUUAAUAUGUUGGAGGUGAUCCAAAUGGAAUAGUGUGACACUCUGUUAUCGCGAUUGUCACGUUUGGAAUUUGUAAUUAUCGUAUCAGUCAAUUUUACAUCUAAACGAAUAACCGUGAAACCAAACCAUCAAUUGGGGGGAUAAAGUCUUUGUGAUCAUUACAUGAGUGAAAAAAAAAAUGGGGAUGUUUGUUUUAAUCGUGUAUUAAUUGUACAUAAUCUACAUUUUCGAGAAAGUUAACGUCGAAGGGAGGAGAAAUAGAGAGGCCGAAACAAUGAACUUCGGACGAUGAAAAACCGUCUUGACUUAACAAUGGACGACUAAUUAAUUUAAUAAUAGCUAAAAAUUCAAAUAAAUACAAUUUAUCAAUGCCAAAAAGAAAAGUUCCCUAGCCUGCGCUGGUAAAUUCACUGUCGCUUAAACGGAAUUAAUUCGAGCCAAUCUCAUAAUUAGCUCUGAUCUCCCUGUAAAACCAAAAUCAUGCAGACGAAGCGUAAAAUCAUCAGAGUAUAAAUUUUAUUUCUAAAUUCUAAGAGCAAAAAAUAUUGAAAUGUUAUCAUGGAAGAUAUUCGCAUCUGUACAUUUGUAGAAGUAUUAGAGGAUGUAGAACUGUUCGCAGCUUAGAACAAUACAAAAAAAAUUAGAGUUCCAAUGAGCCAGGAUGGCACAGGAUUAGUCGAAAACGGCAUUGUGGUUAUUCAAAAUGAACAAGAAAAUUAAUCUCUUGUGAUGACAUAAGAUACCUUGAGUUUUCUCUGUUUCACCGAUAAAUUUUAUACUCGCAAAGAAAAAGACGAUGAAUAUACAAAACACCUGUACUGCCCGCAUAAUUAAUUUAGUUGACUGUUAAAGAAGAAUACUAACAAAAAAAAAAAAAAAA